AUGAAAAGAGUUUCCACCCCAACUGGCGAUGACGAUGCCGAUGCCGAUGAUGACCUUUUUACCUCCCUCUUCAUGUCAAGAAGUGCAUUUGCAGUAAAACGGCCAAAGAGACCUUCUGAGCAGGAUCAAGCUUUCCAGUUACCUCUACCACAGGUCCUCCCUUUCGAUAUUGAAACCGACCCAGAAAGUAGUGACGUGGAGAUCGUUUGCCGACACGUAGAAAACUGUGGCCGUAUUAAGGAGAAUUCCUUAUCAUCCACCUCAUCAGAUGCUUCGAUGCCGCUGGAAACGCCCACUUACUCAAAUAACUUACCCAUAUCGGAUCCGCAACCCUUGCCCGAUCGAUCGGAGAUUUCCUCUGCAUUGACGAUGAAUGAAUCGACUGUUGAGGCUCUUCCCGCGCCGCCCGCCAACAGUUUCUACAUUUUUGAUGGAAUUCGGAUAGUUUCUUGCACUAGGCUAGCCUCAAUUCUUCCACUUUUUUCAUCAGAACAUGGGCCUGAUCGAAUAACGAUCGAGUUAUUUAACGUUGAGUCAGAACCGGAGUCAUGGGACGAGUAUUCUCGCACCAUUCGUUGUCUGACCUCAGAAUCUGAAUCAAUAUUCAAAAAAUGGGAUCACCUCAAAUUCACCAAGGAGCAAAACAAAAGCCCUAUCAUCAUUAGGGACAUUUUACCUGAAAAGGAGACACUUGAAGACAUUUUCACGCGGGACUCUUAUCCUCUUCCACAGCUUUUCAGAUUUGAUGGCGAUGCUUUGGAUCGUGGAACAUUGAUCUCAACAUUAGGGCUCGAGGAUGGCGAUUCUGUUGAAAUUAUCUAUUGA